AUGGCCGACCUGCUACCAGGUAUCGUGGAAUCGGGCGCGGAAGCGCAGCAACUGGCCACGGGGUUCGGGUUCACCGAGGGGCCACUGUGGCACCCGGACGGAUACUGGCUCUUCGUCGACAUUCGAGCGUCCCAGGUGCACCGGAUGACGCCCGAAGGCACGACCGAGAUUUUUCGGGACAACAGCGGCGGCUCCAACGGGCUGACGUUCGACACCGCCGGAAACCUGGUCCUUUGCGAGGGAGACAACCGUCAGAUUUCCCGCCGGAAUGCCGACGGUUCAUACACCGCCAUCGCCACACACGUGGACGGCAAACGCAUCAACCGCCCCAACGACGUGGUUGGCCGGUCGGAUGGCUCGCUCUACUUCACCGACCCAAACGGGAGGCUGACGCAGGAGGAGCGGGAGUUGGAUUUCAGCGGCGUGCACCGGGGUCUCGCUGACCGCCAGCCACACCAUCGCCACCCGCGACACUGA